ACCCACCCAGUGAGAUACAACGUGGGGUCUUGCAGCAACAGAGGACCAUCCAUUCCUGUUGUCUAUGACCAUGGAGACACAGAAACCACCAGACAGCUGUACGGACCCAGCUCAAGAAAUGAGUUCAGAGCCAUAAAUACCGAACGAGCAGCCACGGCCAUCUGCUCUGGGGUCAAACCAAUCGGCUGCAACGCUGAACAUUACUGUAUAGGUGGUGGUGGACACUUCCCUGAGGCUGCUCCCAUACAGUGUGGUGACUUCACUGGCUUUGACGGGAACGGUUACGGGACCAACAUAGGCUGGAGUGCGUCCAGGGAGAUCACCGAAGCUGCUGUGCUGCUCUUCUACCGUUAAAUUCCAUCCUAAAACCGUUUACUAUGUUCUAUACACUGUAAGGAAUACAACUAUAUUGUCCAAAAGAAACUAACCAUUCUAUGGUAUUGAAUAGAAAACUAACCAUUCUAUGGUAUUGAAUAGAAAACUAACCAUUCCAUGGUGUUGAAUAGAAAACUAACCAUUCUCUGGUAUUGAAUAGAAAACUAACCAUUCCAUGGUAUUGAAUAGAAAACUAACCAUUCCAUGGUAUUGAAUAGAAAACUAACCAUUCCAUGGUAUUGAAUAGAAAACUAACCAUUCUAUGGUAUUGAAUAGAAAACUAACCAUUCCAUGGUAUUGAAUAGAAAACUAACCAUUCCAUGGUAUUGAAUAGAAAACUAACCAUUCUAUGGUAUUGAAUAGAAAACUAACCAUUCCAUGGUAUUGAAUAGAAAACUAACCAUUCCAUGGUAUUGAAUAGAAAACUAACCAUUCCAUGGUAUUGAAUAGAAAACUAACCAUUCUAUGGUAUUGAAUAGAAAACUAACCAUUCCAUGGUAUUGAAUAGAAAACUAACCAUUCCAUGGUAUUGAAUAGAAAACUAACCAUUCCAUGGUAUUGAAUAGAAAACUAACCAUUCCAUGGUAUUGAAUAGGAAACUAACCAUUCUAUGGUAUUGAAUAGAAAACUAACCAUUCCAUGGUAUUGAAUAGAAAACUAACCAUUCCAUGGUAUUGAAUAGAAAACUAACCAUUCCAUGGUAUUGAAUAGAAAACUAACCAUUCUAUGGUAUUGAAUAGAAAACUAACCAUUCCAUGGUAUUGAAUAGAAAACUAACCAUUCCAUGGUAUUGAAUAGAAAACUAACCAUCUCUGCCAUCAACAUACGUGUAUUAAGAUUUGUUGUCGUUUGUUUUAUGAAAUCCCCUGUUUGAUAAAUUGUUGUAACGGAAACAACUUCUCUGUGGUUAUUAUAGAGGUAGCAUUAAUUCACUGAAUGUGCUGUACAAAUACAACUGCAUAUACACUGCUCAAAAAAAUAAAGGGAACACUUAAACAACACAAUGUAA